AUGAGGAGAUCGCAUCUCAUUUCUGGCUCCGCCUCCUUCACACUUUACGCAUCUGAGCAGGAUGAAAUCGUGUAUCAAGAAGAGCCGGAUUAUCCUUUCCACUCUUUUAUUAGCGAUAUUGGUGGUGCUACAGGGGUGAUUCUUGGAAUGUCGCUAGUUACAGUAAUUAGCAGCCUGGAGUACUUUGUCGCGCGAGCAUGGCGCUUUAUCGCUAGUCUCUACAUCUCAAAGGGAGAAACAAAGAAAAAUAGAAGAAUCAAAAGCUCGCACUCACAAACGGAAGUUUUCGCCACUCUGUGA